UUUGCAUCCCUGCGGCCGGGAACGCCGAGAAAGUUAGGCUUAGGCACUAGGCUUAGCCUACUGCUCUGGCAGCGAGUGGCUAUGGCGCUAGCUGGCGAUGUCAUGGGUGGAAGUUUGAUGACGGUGGCGGGUUGAAUUGAAUUUCCAUCACUGCCCGACACCCCGCGAAGUCUUGACUCCUGUUCUCGUGUACCAAACUACACACGGACACCGCUCGAAAGGGCUUUUCUUUACUAAAUCACAACGACGCACUGAGCCUCUAUCCACAACAAAGCCAGAAUACUCCAUGAAACUGGGCCCAACCUACCCAGAAUGCAUUUCCAGAGGAACUCUUGGCCACAACCUUCCGCAACCACUUUGCAGUGUGAAGACCAGCAACGCCGAGAAACUUCACCACUUUCUCUCGAGACGUCGGUUCAUCACUAAACGGAUCUUCAGUCGUGCAUUUUCGGCUCACUGCACCGCUACGAUUUCAGAAAAACGGCUUCCGAUGUCUCAGAACUCCGCGGCCUCCGCUGCGAAAUCACCUCAUAAACAAACCAACUUCCGGUGCACACCGGAGAGAGCUCCUCGAUGUGUUACGCCAAAUUUAGGAUAUACAUUUUUUGACAGGUGCCUCACACGGCCAGUGGUUAAUACCAUUCCAGGUAUAAUGCACAGACUCACAUUUUCGCUAUUGCACAGGCGAAGCGAGACCACCGGAGCAGCGAGAAGCUGCUGCAACUGCUUCCUAGAGUAGUUACACGUUCUGCCGCAUAGCACUAGGCGGCGGCAAACGUUUCCUGUAAACAUUCAAAACAGCGCUUCGCUUGAAUGUUGUUGGUAGUUAGAUGUUUCUGUCGGCUUCAACUAGUUUAGGGAGCUGUAAAUACCGCCAACACAUUUUAUCAUUGAUGAGCCAGCAUGAACAAAAAUUAUCUCAUCGUCACUUCGAUCCUGGAAGGAAGACAUUUCCCGAGCAGGCAAAGCUGUGACGUUGUGAUAGAAGCCAGCUUCGACGGCGAAGUGCUAACCACAGACCCUGUGCCACACUCCUGUCAUCCCAACUUCAAUACAGAGUUGGCAUGGGGCGUUGAUCGUCGAGGUCUUCAUGUGCACAGGCUUCACAGGACACCUGUGAAGCUGCAGUGUUUUGUAGUUGAGCGAUCAUCCAAAAAGAAGGACCGCGUGGGAUACGUUGUGCUCGAGAUACGCGGCAUUCCUGAGAGCGUAAGGAGUGCAAAAUGGCAUCCGUUGCUGAACAGCAAGUACCAUGGAGCCAAGCCAGAGAUUCACGUAGGGUUGCAUCUGGAGGAGGACACUGUUCCCGAUGCACCUGCCUUGGCCACUUCAGAACCUCCUCGGACAGAUAUCAGAAUGCAGCGUGUGGUUGUGCAGCCAGCUGACCAAGCAGCGGAAACUGACUUGGCACCUCGCCUCAACCUGAAAGAUGGCUGUUACGAGAUUGGAAAGCAUCCCACAACACUCUACAUCUUCACUGUCACCAUUGCAUUUGCAGCAAACCUCAAACAUCUUCAAGAAAACUCCGAAAACAAGCCAUCAGCCGGCCAUGGUGGUCCAUACCACUUCAUUUAUCACUUGCUUGGGCAUGAAGUUUCUACAGAAGCAUUCCCCAGCUUGGAAAGCCCCGAAUUUCCAGCGGAGCGAGCGUCGCUCCGCAUUCGUAGCAGUGGCCCUGUGCUUCGCAGAUUUUUUGCUGCUCAUCCGACCCUUCAGGUACUGCUUUCAACCGAUGAUUCAGUUAUUGGGGAGACGGAAAUUCUUCUGGGCGACUUCUCGGCAAGCUCUCCGGAUUUCUCCGUCUCUGUGCAAGGCUUGUUUCAGUUAAGAAAGGCCACCAAGCUGCUAUCCAUAACCGUUCAUCUCAUGACCAUAUGCGAAUAUUUUUGCUUCUCUCUUUCUUCCCUAAUGCAGCUAUCUCCUGUUCCACACAAUGAAGACCUGAUGAGCAGAAUAGCACCCGAGUACAGGCCCAUUGUUGGUGUCUAUGUGGAGAUUUCAGAAAAAGAGGCAAUUGGAGGCACUGAAAACGAAACUGAUGGCAGGCAGGAGGAGCCAGUGCCUGAGCAGCAGCCUGCUCCGUCACCACCGCCACCCCCACCUGCAGCAGCUGCAAGGCGCGGGGAGAGUCCACAUCCUGCUCCACGGUCACGCAGUCGAGACUCACGGCCCCGAACACCGACACAGCUUUUGCCAGAGAGAAGUCCCACGCGACAGCCACGCCGUCAGCUGGACUUCUCGCCCCCACAAAAACUGGGGCGCGCUGAAAAUCAGCGACCCGCUGCCGAUGCUGCCUCCAGCCAGGCUGGUAACUUGAGGCCAGCACAAAGCAGUUCUGGCCCACGUGCACAUGAAGAUGCUGCCCCGAGGCAACAACAUGAAGUGAUUGAUCUGACUGAUGACAGAGACGAGGAGCAGUUUCACCAUUUCUCUCUGAUGCUGGAUAUAAGAAGCCUGAACGUCUUGUCGACUCGUGGCAAGCCGAUGCAGUGUUAUGUGAGCCCCAACAAGCCGACUGUGCAACAAGCCGUGCAACAACUGUGCAACAAGCCGACUCUGGAGAAGGCAGUUCAACUUCCAUAG